CAAGAGAAAAUAUUCAGAGGCACUUCGCAUUUCGUCGACUUCUGUUACCUUAGGUGAUAUGGAGGGUGAUAGGCAUUUCAGUCAUCCUCAUCCGUUGAUCUCGUUUGUAGUAGAUGAUAAGGAAGUGGAUGUUACUGAUAACUAUCAUUCUUGUCAAAUUUGUGGUUUGCCAAUUCUAUCUGCUCCCUCCUACACUUGCACCAUUGCUGCUUGUGAUAUUUUUCUGCACGAAUCAUGUGCGCACAAAAUCCAACAAGAAUUCAUCCAUCCCAAUCAUAAAUACCACACUCUUGGUCUCUUAGGAGGAAGUCCCAAUUUCUUCUACGAAUGUGUAUAUUGCGAUUUUAAAAUGCAUCCUUUGGAUCCACAGCAGUGGAUGAUGUAGAGAUCAAAACCAAACACGAGCCAUCCACCUCACCCCCUCGUGGCUCACUGUAGAGAGAUUUUGACUCGUUGUGAUGCGUGUGGGGAGAGACAUGAUGGUUUCUUCUUCUCCUGCCAACAAUGUAAAUUCUGGAUUCAUCAAGACUGCACCAUACUGCCUACCGCUCUCAAUCUCCUCUCUAUUCCUUGGCCUUUCCUUCUCGUAUAUUCUAUUCCUGCCAUUUCCCAAUAUCACAAGUGCAUCGUUUGCCACAAAUCCUUGCUUCCUACCCAUAAUGCCAUAUAUUUGUGUCCCCAAACCUUGGAAUUUUCUCAUGUCAGAUGUGGACUCGAGAAUAUUCAAAUCAGUACAAACAAGGAUAGAGUUGAUCCAAUUGCCGGCCGACGAGUUUGGCACAUUUCCAAGUUUGGAGAUCCAUACAUACUCCCAACCUGAUGAGGAUCCUAGUCAUGAAAAUGAGAAUUUUCACGAGCAUCCUUUGAUCCUAGUUGGUGAUGAGGCAGAGGAUCACAAGCAUAAUUACAAAAAACUAGUGUGUGAUAUAUGCAUACAAACCAUUACUAUUCCAUCUCCAUUUUACAGAUGCUCUCAACAAACUGGCGGUUGCUCUUUCCUUGCUCAUAAAGUGUGUUCAGAGCGUCUCCCCAUUAUCAAGUUUGAGAUUCCAAUUGGUUACGGUAACAAUAUAAUGAAGGCACAACCUUGUCCAUACCAGGCCAAAUUGUGCUUCAAUUCAAUAUUUUACUGUAUGUUCUGUUAUCUUCCUUGCAAUGCACCUUGCUACUUCUUUCCUGAGACUGGUAUUCGUUUGAAUCAUAUCCCCUGCAUGAUGGUUGAUAUGUCAUGCAUGGCUUCUCCAAGCAUUAUAAAGCACAUCUCACACAGUCAACACUUUCUCUUUCGCACCACUCUUUUUUGGCGGGCCUCCCCCAUCAGUUGUUGUUCCCGUGGCUCCAUCGUUUAUGAUGUCUAUAAGUGCACUAUCUGUGAUUUCUUUAUUCAUAUAAGGUGCGCCUUGCUACCAAAAAGGGUUCGUUUUCGUGAAUUCGAUCAACAUCCACUGAACUUGAUCACUAACGGUACUAGUAAUAGUAUUGGUAGUGAUCAAGACAUAUGCGAGGUGUGUGAGGAAGGCAUAGAGUGCAAGUAUUGGUUCUACCAUUGUGCUAAAUGUGACUACUCUUUCCACGUAAACUGCAUUCCCUCGCUUGGCUAUUUGUCCAAAGUCAAGUUCGGAGGCAAAUUUGAUAUUCCUUGUCACUCUCAUCCUCUCACACUUAAACGGAUGCUUUCUUACGGAAGAAAUGAGAAAUGUGGGCAUUGCCACAAAAUCAUUCCGGGAUUGGUAGAUCAAGCUGCUUUCUCAUGUUCAGAGUGCGAUUAUUGGAUUCAUUUUUCUUGUGCAAGGGAUUCAUUCACAUCCUCUCAGGAUUGUAUAGCCUUGGUUUUCGAGGAAAUCAGUGAAAAGUUACUCUAUGAGUUUGAUGCAGACCGACAAGCAUAGUAUCAACAAAAGAGGCCACAGUUACAGUGAAUCCAGAGAUAGAAUCAAGUGCCGAGGAGGAACUUGCGUCGAGUGGAGAAGGGUCACGAAGGAAGGAGAAGGAGGAGAAGAGGCAGCGCCAUUAUGUACAGUGAAAAAUCAAUCCCGGCGAUCUUGUUAUGUGUGUUGGUGUGUGUUGGUUUUACAAACUCAUUCUUCAUGGAUGUUAAGUGCCAGGGUUGCUUCAACAUAACCACUGUUUUCAGCCACUCUCAAACCGUUGUUGUGUGCGGAAACUGCCAGACGGUGUGCCAACCGACUGGUGGCCAUGCCCGCCUCACCGAGGGCUGCUCCUCCCGAAAAAAGGGUGAUUGAAGAACAUACUCCUAGUCAUGAGGUUUUUUGGUUGGAUGUUUUUUUGACAUGUAAUGCUCCUUGAGGUUAUGUUAUCCUAGUUUUGAAUUGUGUUACAUUAGCAAAUUAUAACUGACCAGUUUUUAUGUCAUAUUUAUUCACAUUCACUUAUUUUGUCAAGUUGAAACAUUUGCCGUUACCCUCUUAUUGUUAUGGUUAUUGUUUCCAAACUCCAAAGACUUGCCCUGUCAAUUAUUUUGUUGAUGC